GUUCCCCAUCGCCCUCAUGGUGGCGCCUAUACAUCCACAACCACCACCACCACCACCACCAUCAUUUGCAAUUAUCCUGAAUCAGAAUUCUUAUCGCAUUACUGCUGUUGGAAAAGUGUUUGACGAACAACUUUCAGGUGGGUCGGAAGAGAAGCAGCUUCAACCUCAUCCGCUUGUUCAGUCAACCAAUAAUUAACUGCUGUUUUCAUUAAUCAAUUUACAUUUGAGUAACAACAAAAACAAUGGCAAGAGCACUUCUUUCCAUGAUCCUGGAGCAGUUGGGUGGUUCGUUCAUUCCUCUAGAGAUAAAGCACCAUGUCGGACUGGCUGUCGGUCUUCAAGAAGAAAUCCAAAAACUCACCAGCAACUUUGAGGCCAUUCAAGCUGUGCUUGAAGAUGCGGAAAGAAAACAGGUGAAGGAGGCCAGUGUGAGACAUUGGUUAUGUAAGCUCAAAAAUGUUUCCUAUGAUGUGGAGGAUGUGUUGGAUGAGUGGAACACUGCAAAACUCAAAUCAAAACUUGAGAAAGAGGAGAGAGCAACUGAUCAUGCUCCUUUGCCAAGGAAGGUAUGCUACUCUUUCUCCUUCUCUUCCUCUCAAAUCAUACUACACCACAACAUCGCUCAGAAAGUCCAAGAAUUGAAUGAACAAUUAGACUUUAUUUCUGCUGAGAAAGAUAGGUACAAAUUGGAACUAGGGAGGGGAAUUCAUGAAGAAUCUGAACGACAAAUAACUCCCUCUUUCAUAGAUGUUACUGAUGUAUACGGCAGAGACCAAGAUAAGAAUGCUGUAUUAAACAUGUUGUUGGAAGAGAAUAGUGAAAAAGAAUCCACUCUCCAAAUCAUCAGUAUAGUAGGGAUGGGAGGAAUAGGGAAAACUACUCUUGCUCGACUAGCCUACAAUGACAAUGUUGUGGAUACUCAUUUCGAGAAAAAAAUUUGGGUGUGUGUCUCGGAUCCUUUUGAUGGCAUCAAGAUUGCCAAAGCGAUUCUUGAAUCUCUUGGAGAUGCUGUGCCAAACUUUGUUGAAUUACAGACUCUGCUACAACGUAUUAGGAAGUCACUUGUAGGAAAAAGAUUUCUUCUUGUUUUAGAUGAUGUGUGGAAUGAAGAUGACUGGAAGUGGAAACCCUUCAAAGAUUCUCUCAGUUGUGGUUCUGUGGGAAGCAAAAUCCUAAUGACCACGCGUAAGGAGAAUGUUGCAGUUGCUAUGGGUUGCACUACUUUGUUCCCACUAGGGAAGUUGGCCAAGGAAGAAUGUUGGCUGUUGUUUAGUCGGAUAGCCUUUUUUGGAAGGACUAGCAGAGAAUGCAAGAUUUUGGAAGAUUUUGGUAGGAAAAUAGUAGGCAAAUGCCAAGGUUUGCCACUUGCUGUGAAGACUCUUGGGGGCCUCAUGCGUUCCAAAAGAACUAUAGAACAAUGGCAAAGUGUUUUGAAUAGCGAAAUAUGGGAGUUGAAGGAGGCUGAAAGAGGUAUUUUCCCUCCCUUAUUGUUGAGUUAUUAUGAUUUGUCCUCAGCUUUAAAACAAUGCUUCUCAUAUUGUGCCAUAUUUCCUAAAGACUAUGUGAUAGAGAAAGAUAGGCUGAUCAAACUAUGGAUGGCGCAAGGUUUCCUUAAGGAGAAGCGAAUCAAAGAUAUGGAAAUCCUUGGUCAAGAGUAUUUUGAAGACUUAGCAAUGUGCUCUUUUUUUCAAGACUUUGAAAGAGAUGGCGAUGGUAACAUAAUUAAAUGCAAAAUGCAUGAUUUAGUACAUGACUUGGCCCAGUUUCUGACCAAGGGUGAGUGUUUCACGGUAGAGGUCCAUGGUGUUGAACAGCCUCAGGUAGAUACUUACAGUGAAAAAGGUCGUCAUUUAAUGUUGGCACUUGGAGAGAAGGUCAUAUUUCCUACCUACAUUUAUAAUGUUAAGAAAUUGCGUAGCCUCCUAGUUGAACCAAUCAAUUUUUAUGCUUCAAUAAUGAGUGAAUCCUUACCCAUGUUAUGUAAUCAGUUGACUUGUCUAAGGACAUUGGACUUGAGUACCAAGUAUCAUACUAUCUUUGGUAGCACAGUUACAGAAAUUCCAAAAGAGAUAGCAAAAUUGAUUCAUUUGAGAUACCUUAACAUGAGUAAUAAUGGUGAUUUAGAAGAAUUGCCAGAAGCAUUGUGUGAAUUGUUUAAUUUACAAACCUUAGACCUCAGUUUUUGCAAAAAGCUAAAAAAAUUGCCAAAUGGAAUGGGAAAACUAGUAAACUUGAGGCAUCUUAAGAAUUAUGGUACUUGGAGAGUAAGGUUCAUGCCAAAAGGAAUCGAGAAAUUAACGUCUCUUCGAACACUAAGGGAGUUUGCCUUGAGUGACGGUGGUACUAGUUGUGAAACAUCUUCGAUUGGGGAAUUGGGAAGCUUGACCCACCUUAGAGACUAUCUUGAGAUUAGAGGAUUGGGAAAUGUUAGAGAUGUGAAUGAGGCCAAGAAAGCAAAUCUUCGGAGCAAGGAAUGCCUGCUUAAUCUACUAUUAAAAUUUGAUAUGGAUGAGAACAAGUCAGGAGGGGGGUUACCAAAUGGUGAUGCACUCAUUCUUGAAGCCUUACAGCCACCUCCUUACUUGGAAUGUUUAGAGAUACAUAACUACAGAGGCUCGAGCAUAUUGCCAAAGUGGAUGUUGGCAUUGACCAACUUGAGGCAUCUUGCAGUCUGCUCAUGCAGAAACUGGGAGAGAUUGCCUCCCCUGGGGAAACUUCCAUCCCUUGAAUCACUUUGGAUUUAUGACAUAAGGAGAGUAAAGAAAGUGGGAGUUGAAUUUUUAGGAAUCGAAAGAGAUGAGGGACAAGGAUCUUCAUCCUCAACUGUUAUUCCCUUCCCGAAUCUGAAAAGACUUGAAAUUCAUGACAUGAAUGAGUUGGAAGAGUGGGAAUAUGCGGAGUUUCAUUUCCUAGGCAAAGGAAAAGAGCAAAUUAGUAUAAUGCCAUGUCUCAAUUUCUUAGUGAUUGAUAGAUGCCCGAGGUUAAAGGCACUGCCAUACCACCUUCAAAAUUCAAGCAUUGAGACAUUGGAGAUAAGAUGGUGUUCUACUCUGGAAAAAAGGUGCAAUAUCUAUCGCAUUCCUAACAUUCGAAUAAACUAUAUGGAGGUGAAAAGAGAUAAAGUUUGAACUCUUCUUUGGUCCGGAUGAUCACAAAUGCAAGCAGAAGCUCAUCAGGAAACCAGUUGCUUCUUCAGUUGGAAGAAUUCAACCAAACUGGCUGCUGAGACUAUUCUUCUAUGCAACUAUACUAACCAUCUAGUUGGCUGCUGAGUUGUAUAUAUAUAUAUAUAUAUAUAUAUAUAUAUAUAUAUAUUGGUUAGUUUUAGAUAUCAUAUCAUCUCUUGUAUCCUUAUUUUCUUAUUUUAUGUUGCUAAGUUGAAUCAACAAGGGUAUGGUUUCAAGUUGCAUGUUUAAAUCCCGAUAGAAAUAGAGGUAGGCUUGGUUUGCAAUCCCUCAAUUCGAUUUAGGGUUUUCAAGUAUCAUGAUGUAUCCUUUUGUUAUUUAUUUGUUUAUUGUUUUGGAAACAAGACCAGAAAGGACUCCCUAAUGAAUUGUUUGCUGUAAAGAUGUAUGCUUUAACAAUCGAAAUGCUGAAGAAGGUUGUUAAGACAAAAUCCAAGGCGUAAGCCAAUAGACCUGGUGUCAGAAGUACUCGAAUUUCUGGUGUAAGAUGUAAUGGUAUCUUCCUAGGU